AUGGAAAAACUAAAGAAAAAUAGUAAAGAAUUUAAGAAGUUCCUACAGUCGAAUACCACAAAAUCCGAACUGGGAGGAUUAUCUUUUAAUUCAUAUCUAAGUUUACCAAUUCAAAGAAUUCCUCGAUACAAGUUAUUAUUGGAAGCAGUAUUAAAACAUACCAAUCGAUCACAUCCUGAUUAUGAAAACCUUGAAAAAUGUGUAAAGCAAAUUACAAUUAUUGCUGAUGAAGUGAAUGAAAAAAUAAAGGAUGCAGAAAAUCAAAAUAAAGUAUUGGAAAUUCAAUCCAAGAUUGAAGAUUGUCCAGAUAUAGUUGAUCCAGCAAGAAGAUAUAUUUACGAAGGCGACUUAUUUAAAGUUAAAUCAGUUAAAUCUCAAACAAAUCCCACGUAUAUAUCAACAUCCGAUGUACAAACACAUUAUCUAUUUAAUGAUGUCUUAAUUUAUUGCACGAAAACUCGAGGAAAAACUAUUUACAAAAAACAAAUUAAUUUAUGUGAUGCUAAAGUCGAAGAUAUUAAAGAAGAAGAUUCAGAUAAAUCAUUUUGUUUUAAAAUAGUGAUUGUUGGAGAAAAUCCCCACGUUAUUAGAGCUCAAAGUGAAUCAGUCAAAUCAGAAUGGAUGUCAAAACUUGAACAAUCCAUAUUCGCACUUAAAAAUAUAUCUCGUGGGUCUUACAAACGUGAAUCUUUACCCGAUUCUAAAGGAUUCGGAUUAAAUUCUUAUAUUUAG